AUGACGGAGAGCGCCUUUCCGAUCAAGCACGAGUGGGGUGGCCACGGCCGGGGCCGCUACGUGGUGAGCGCCCGGCCCAUCAAGCGAGGUGAAGUGGUGCUCGAGGCCCUGCCCUACGCCCUCGCACCCAAACUCCCCUCCCUCACCUGCACCCGCUGCUUCCGCUUUCAUCCACCAUCUUCAACUUCAUCUCCCACCUCUCCAUCUCCAUCAUCUUCGGAGUUGCAAACCUCCCAAUUUGCGGAUGUGAGCGACGAUGAAGAUGAAGAUGAAGACAGAGUUGGCGCGGCCCAGGUCUCAUCCACAUCAUCGACGAAGCUGCAUCCGUGCUCGCUGGGCUGUGGCGCGGCGUUCUACUGCUCGCCGGCCGAGGAGGCGGACGACCGGCCGCUGCACGGCCUCGAGUGCGUGGCCUGGCGGCGCGUGCGCGAGGUGGGCGCCUCGAUGGAGCUCACCGAGAGCGAGGAGGCCGAGCUGCGGCUCGUCUUCCGGAUCGCGGCGCGACACCACCGCGAGACGCUCGACCACCGGUUCGCCGAUGAUGAAGCCGAAGCCGAGGAGGCCGAUGAUGAAGAUGAAGACAAGAGCAACAAAAAGAAGAGGAAGAAGAAGGGGAUGGACAACAUGCAGAACGAACUGACGGAGCCCACCUACGACGACGUCCUACGGUUAUGCUCCAACCGCGAGAAGCGACCAAUUGAGGUCCGCCAGUCCUCCUUUUCGUGGCGGGUGGUGGCGCCGCUGGCGCAGACCUCAGAGUCGUCCGCGGGCCGAGGAGUCGCCUGGUCCAAAUACGAUUUUGUAGAGCUGAUCUGCAAGAACCUGUGCAAUGGAUUCGGCUUGCGCGGUGCCGGAGGGCAGUGCUACGCCUACGGUGUCUACCCGGCCGCGAGCUACUUCAGAUGCUGGCCAAGCCGCACCGGGCCGCAGGCGACAGAGGUCAGUCAGUUCGUCGCGCUGGUCGACAUUCCCGCCGGCCGCGAGCUUAGUCUGUCCUACAUCGACGGGAGCAAGCCCACCGAGCAGCGGCGGCUCGCGCUCAGCAGCAUCUACUUUUUCCACUGCAUGUGCGCCCGAUGCGAGACCAGCAGCAGCACCAGCGGUGGCAAGGGCAAGGGCGGCAAGACGAACAACAACAACAAGAAGAAGCGGCACAAGGACGACUACGUGCAGCGGUUCGUGUGCGGGAGCUGCACCAAGAACAACGGGCGCGGCGUCAUGUACCCCGUCUCGCCCACCCACAACCGAUGCAACCUGUGCCACCGAACCGCCGCGGUGGUGGCCCACCAGCGAGGCCCCAAGACUGUCGCCCGGCCUGCCACCACACAACAACAAUAA